GUGUGUCUGUCCGCUUCAACCAAGCUGUUUGCCUGUCUGCCAGCAUGUCUGUGUGUCCCCUAGCUGCAGGCAGCAGUCGGAGUUCCUUUCAGCAUGUGAUGGAGUUUCCCCAUUGGUCGGUUGGUCGCUGGUUCGAGUGACAGCCACUCCCCCUGCGCAUCAGUCGCACUUCAAACCGGCCGCGCACUGCGAACCACUAAUCACAAGUAACCAAGGGCUACCCUCAAGGUUAUCUACCCACUUCUCACCUGCCUCCACACCUCAGGUGAUUGGUGAAUUUUUAGAAGACUGGACGUAACUCGGAUUUGAUCCCGCGUCACAUCAUCAGAGAAGGUAGUGUGUGUGUGUGUGUGCGUAGUAUGGCCUGUGUUGAACUGAAAGCAGUCAGACUGAUGCAACUGCGACGAAGUGGUGGAGCGGUGCUGAAGAGAGGAGACGAUGACAACGGCCGAUCGCCACUGAAAGGCUCUUCGACGACAUCGGAGGACAGCGAAAUGGUGGUGGACAGCUACAGAUGUUCUGGUUCGGUGACAUCGGAGGAGAUGGACGGCGAUGAGGUGGUGGUCACCAGUAGGAAAGGAGAACGACACGACGAGGACGUCGACAAUGAUGACGAUGACGACUGCGACAUGAACGACGACAAUGUAUUUUCUCCGGAAAUCUCGACACUCCCAACUUCCUCCUCCACCCCUCCUCCUCCUCCUCCUCUUGCUGCUGCUACUGUUCCUGGUGGUGGCGGUGGUGGUGGUGUCUUGAAUCCGGAGAAGAUGAAUAUCCUGGGGGAGAAGAAGUCGGCGGCGGCGGGUAGCGGCGGUGACCUUUGCUGUAAAAAGUUUGUGAAUUUUGAAGAGAUAAAUUGUAUUCGAAAGGAAGAAGACAAAAUCAAGAGAAAAGAAUAUAUUUAA